AUGACUGUGGUCGAAGCACCAUCAUGGGCGCAGCCCAUCCUCAACUUCCUGGUGAGCGGAGAGCUACCAGCCGACAAGAUCUUGGCCCGGCAAGUGCAACGUCGGGUAGCAGCAUACACGAUAGUAAACAGAGAGCUUGUCAGGCGCAGCGUGACUAGCGUCUUCCAGCGCUGUGUCGAGCCAGAGAAAGGCAAGGCAAUCCUCAGAGACAUCGACCAAGGCAAGUGUGGCCAUCACGCGGCCUCCCGAUCCCUUAUCGCCAAAGCUUUCCGCCAUGGAUUCUUUCGGCCGACUGCUUUGGAUGACGCCAAGGACUUGGUCAAGAAGUGCAAAGGGUGCCAAAAAUUCGGCUCCAAGCAACACUUGCCGGCCUUUGCACUCAAGACUAUCCACCUCAUUUGGCCAUUUGCCGUCUGGGGGCUGGAUAUGGUGUCCCGUUCAAAACAGCACGUGGUGGCAUGA